AUGGUGUGCGCUAAUCAUUUGGAUAGUUUUUCUCAAUAUCCAUAUCUCCCACGGUAUUUUUCACUUUUCUUUUAUUUUCUCUUUACCGGGAUUCUCGCCUAUCCCUCUCUUCAUCACUUUUUUUUUCUUUCUUUUCUUUCUUUCUCUCUCUCUCUAUCUCUCUCUCUCUCUCUCUCUCUCCUUCUCUUUCCUACUCUCCUUUCUCCUCUCUAUUUUCUCACUUUUACAAAUGCAUGCUCUCCUCUCCCUACCUCUCUCUUUUCCAUCUCCACACAUCUCUCUCUCUCUCUCUCUCUCUCUCUCUUUCACCCUUUAAUAUUUUCUUUGUGUCUUUCCUGUUCUCUUUCAUUUGCUUCUCUUUCAGUCAUUUUCCCCAGUUUUUCUGAUAUUUUCCCUCUCUUUCUACUUUUUACAACCCCUCUUUCUACUCUCUUAGCCUCCCUUUCAACUCUUUUCAUCCUCUCUUUCUACAGUUUUUGGUCCUUUUUCGAUUCUUUUCGCCCAAUCUUUCUAUUCUGUUCCUCCUCUCUUUCUAUAAUUUUUGCCCCCUUUUUCUACUCUUUCGCCCCGUUUUUCUACUCUUUCCGUCUUCUCGUUCUGUUCUGUUCGUCCUUUCUUUCUACAAUUUUCACUCCCUCUUAUUAUUUUUUGCCCGGCUUUUCUACUCUUUUCAUCCACACUACCAUUUUCGACCCCAUUUCUUUCUAUUCUUUUCAUUCUCUCUUUCUACCAUUUUCAACCCCCUCUUUCUAUUCUUUUCGCUUUCUCUUUCUACUCUUUUCAUCUCAUCUUUCUACUCUUUUCCCCUCCUCUUUCUAUGAUUUUUCCUCCCACUUCCUGUUCUUUUCACCACCGCUUUUGACUCUUUUCUGCCUCUCUUUCUACACUUUUCGCCCCCUCUUUCUACUCUUUGCGUCCUCUCUUUCUAUUCAUUUUCCCACUUUUUAUCUUCUCUCUCAUAAUCCCUUUAUCUUCCUCUUUUACGUAAUUUACAUUCUUGAUAUCCUGAAAGCCUCUCUUUGA